UUACGAGCUAGCACACACGAAAAUUGCUCAAAUAAAAUAGAUAAAUUUGGAGCUGAUGUUUAAAUAAAUAGUUUGAAAUUGUUGACGAAAAUAAACAAAGCAAGGCGACAUUUAUUUUAUCUGUAACCAAACAGCACACGAGCUUUCCAAGAGUUUUUGAUCAAAAGCUAUCUUCUUUUCCUUUUAUCUCUGAAGAAAUGGCAAAGAGUUACUUCAAGCAAGAGCAUGAUCUUGAAAAGAGACGGGCAGAAGCUGCUAGGAUCAGGGAGAAAUACCCAGAUAGAAUUCCAGUGAUUGUGGAGAAGGCAGAAAGAAGUGAUAUACCAAACAUAGAUAAGAAAAAGUACCUUGUCCCAGCUGACCUGACUGUGGGACAAUUUGUAUAUGUUAUCCGCAAGAGGAUUAAAUUAAGUGCGGAAAAGGCAAUUUUUAUAUUUGUGGAUAAUGUCCUUCCUCCCACAGGUGCUGUUAUGUCGGCCAUAUAUGAAGAGAAGAAAGAUGAAGAUGGAUUUCUCUAUGUUACCUACAGUGGAGAGAACACAUUCGGAUCACAGAUCCCACUGUAGCCUUGAUUUGUUGAGCUUGCAUUGCAUUUCAUUGCUUCUUUACUGGUUUCCUCAUAUUCAAUUCCAUAAGGGUUGUCUUCAUCACCUGGUGCCCAUAGUUUAAUAUUCUAUAAAGACCCUGCCAGUGACUUAAUGUACAGUUACAUGUAUAUGAGCUCGACUUCUUCAUUCACUUUCAAUGUUAAAUGUUUCUUCGUCUUUGUUAUUUACA